GGCCCUCCUGCAGAAGCGCAUUCCCGAAGCAUCAUCAGACCCGUGACUGACAACGAGUUUUCUCUGGGGCCAGACUGGCUUCUAGAGCUGACAGAUCCAGUGGUGAGGAGAAUUGCGGGCCUUUUGCUCAUCCUAGUGUGGGCCUAGAGGGCUCUUUGAGCUAAACUGGGCAGGACAGCGCUGGGGCUGGUGGACACAGGAAACCUACCCAGCUUGCUGGUGUUUGGCCAACACAGAGGAUGUGCCCAUGGGGGAGCAGGCCCCUUUGGCUCCUGUCCGCACCCUUGCCCACAGGUGCCUGUGAUACCUAUGGCUGACUGGGGCCAGGGCAACACCAGAACUUGUAACAGAAUUAAAGGUGAAUGUUUCCAGGUGCUACCUGUAUAGUGUCUGCUUUCUGCUCCAAUGCCUCCGGGUAAUCUUUGAGACCCUUGAGCUGUGAGUGCAGAGUCCAGACCUGAGCUGGAAGCCGGGAGUUAAGUGAUUAAGAGCUUGGCUUUUAAAGCUACCUAGUCCAAGUGACGUCAGCCUUGGCCCUAUCACUGACUAGCUAUGUGCAUGUGGAUAGUUGUGUACUUUAUAGGUACCUCAGUUUGCCUUAUCUAUAAAGUGGCAUAACUUGGCCAACGGGCUCUUUGAAAACGUUAAUUCCACAAGUAUCCUGUAUGACUGGGUAUUGGAGGACUGUCUUUAAAAGAGCCAGGCGGAGCCUCUGCCCACACGGAGCUUGCAGCCAGACAGGGUCCGGGUGGCAUGGAGGGCUGCUCGGGAGCCGGCUGGGCCGGGCAGUGCGCGCGCACACACACAGAUGGCUGCGACCAUGUUCGGACAAGCCUCUUGAGGGAACGAACCCCUGGGCGACGUCCCUGAGGCUGCCUCUGUCAUCCGGCACAGUAAGUUGAACCCGCUGCCUGUGUCUGCGGGCUGCGCAUGCGCGGCACCCCGUCCUACGCCUCCCGGUCGCGGGUUGGUGGGUUUGGGUCACGCGGGCGCUUCGCCUCUUCCUCGCCGCAGGGGGCCUGACCGCUCUCUGGUUUCCGGUUUGGUGGGUCUGAGAUGACGGAGUCGAGCGCCUCUCCGGAGGACCCCUGGGUCAAGGAGAAUCCAGUUGCCUGCGCAGCCCCCCAGGUGGAGUAUGCCUACAGUGACAACAGCCUGGACCCCGGGCUUUUUGUAGAAAGUACCCGCAAGGGGAGUGUAGUGUCCAGAGCUAAUAGCAUCGGUUCCACCAGUGCCUCUUCCGUCCCUAACACAGAUGACGAGGACAGUGAUUACCACCAGGAGUCCUACAAGGAGUCUUACAAGGACCGGCGGCGGCGAGCACAUACGCAGGCUGAGCAGAAGAGGAGGGACGCUAUCAAGAGAGGCUAUGAUGACCUUCAGACCAUCGUCCCCACCUGCCAACAGCAGGACUUCUCCAUUGGGUCUCAAAAGCUCAGCAAAGCCAUCGUUCUACAGAAGACCAUCGACUACAUCCAGUUUUUGCACAAGGAGAAGAAAAAGCAAGAGGAGGAGGUAUCCACACUGCGCAAGGACGUCAUGGCCCUCAAGAUCAUGAAAGUGAACUAUGAGCAGAUCGUGAAGGCACACCAGGACAAUCCCCAUGAGGGGGAGGACCAGGUCUCGGACCAGGUCAAGUUCAACGUGUUUCAGGGCAUCAUGGACUCCCUGUUCCAGUCUUUCAAUGCCUCCAUUUCCGUGGCCAGCUUCCAGGAGCUGUCGGCUUGUGUCUUCAGCUGGAUUGAGGAGCACUGUAAGCCACAGACCCUCCGGGAGAUUGUGAUUGGCGUCCUGCACCAAUUGAAGAACCAACUUUACUGAGUGGCUCUCAGAACCUGCAGAAGAGCCAGUAAGAGGCCUUGAGUCUCCUACUUGGCCACGGAACACCAAGCUUGUGAGACUGUGACACUGUACAUCAGUGUCUGGCUCCCCCCCCCCAUCCUCAGUGGGGCAGGGGUGUUUGUUUUGUGAAAGCUUUAACUUAUUAUAUUGACCACAGAACUCGACCCUACCCAGUCUUCCCCUCCCCCCAUAGAAGACCUCGAGUCUGCUCCGGGUACCCCAAAGAGCUCCUGGCCGCUUCCCUUUUUCUAAACCUGAUUUCUGCUCACUAGCUACAUAUAUUUGGAAACUACUCUGCCUCUAUUUUGGUCUCCUGGGCAACAUUUGGCCCAAGUUUGGUCAUUCUGGCAGUUGGAGGGGAAAAAAGGAGUAAGAGGAAAUACUCUUACAGCCAUUAAGGACAAAGACAAGGCUAGGGCUGCCUGAUCAGUCCAAGGUGAGGCCAGGGCUUUUCUGGCCAGCUCAGGGCAGGGCUGCCAGGUUCCAGCCCUCACCUCUAUCACCUCUCCUUCCUCCCCUGCUCUGAACAGUAGAGGGAAGCAGCCUCCCUACCUAGUCCUGCCUUUUGUCCCCACAGGCAGGAGCACUGCACAGUGAAGUCAAGUGUGACACAGCACUACAUAAUGGAAGUUUUUUAUUUUUCUAAACACCAACAAUGCACUUUUGCUAACAUUACAAUUUUGAAAAAUUAACAGAGCUUCAAAGUCCAGCCUUUCUGUCAAGUGUAUCUGGGUCUCUGCCAUCUCUCAGUACUGCCUUUCUCCCAAGACUUGGAGAUAGGACAAAGACAUAAAGAAGAUAAUCUAAAGGGCUCCUGGGGUACCAAGCCAGGGAGAGUACUGGGUGAGGCCUUGGGGUCCUUGAAUGCUGUGUAUAGUGGCCUUUCUCUACCCCUGUCCUCAAGCUCCCUUCUGUCUUCCUCAGGUUUGAUAUUUGGGAGGUUUGAUUAUCCACAGGAAAUUAUUUUUAUAUCAAAUUAUGUUACAAUAAAUACUGCCAAAUGCUGUCCUUUGGCAUGUUCCAAGUCUAAGGGUUAAACUCAAGCAAUUGGAAUGUGGACAAUGAAAAUGAAUGUAACCAUCCACUCCAGGCCAUCAGCACUCCCUCCCUCCACCUAAUACACUGGUUUAUGCCCCUCUCCUAGCUGCUCUGCUCAAAGGUGGCAAGCAGCAGGAGCCACAAAAAAAGCUGACCACCCAAGGCAGCCAGUCCAGGACAUCUCUUCCCAUUCCCCAGUCCUGCCUCUCAGGGGUCUGGGAGCUUGACAUUGUUAUCUUCAUCUGUCUCUAUCCCAACUUCCUCCUGUGGGAUAUGAAUAAGUGAAUGAGACCUCCCUGGAUGAUGACCCCAGGGGAACAAGAAAAGGAGAGAACCACUUACGAAGAACUGCUUCUUGCUCUUGGGGUAUCCUUCAAGGAUUGCAUCAGACAGCUCUGUUGCCUGACAAAAAACAAAACCAUACCCUUCAGAUGGGCAGGACUCAGUGCUGCCUAAUGGAUCCAGGAUACUGAGCAGCAGUUUCCUGGUGGCUGUCAUUUCCCAGACCUGCCUCCGAGCUCCUACUUACCAUCCUCUUCCGCUUCCUCCACUCCUUGCAGUACUUCUGCCUCUCGCUGUACACCUAGACAGGGAAAUGGGUUCCUCUAACCCCUGAGCCCCGCAGCAGCUGCUGGGGGGGUCACCCCUCACCUUCCCCCUGGACCUGCACAGGCAGCCUGUCCUCCCGGCUCACCUGCUCUUUCUCUUCUGGGGUCACGUGGUUGGUGGCUGCUCGGAUGUUCUGCAGUCUCUCUGUGUAGCCAGAGCACUCUUCCUUUAACUCCUGGAUCUCUUUCUGCAUCUCCAGUGUGGUCAGGGCAGUAGUUAACUCCUUGAACUCUGAAACCACAUCUCCCUGAAGUCACAUGCUACCCCAAGGAAGGGGUUCUAGAUUUCCCAGAGGGCACUCCCUGAGUGGGUCCAGAAUGGGUCCUGAAUGGGUCUCAUAUUCUGGAAAUGCUCAGGAGAUUAAAGCUUACAGAAUUA